UUAAUCAAGAUAGAUCCAACAAGCCGGUUCCAGGUCAUCAAGUAAUACACCUGCCACUACAACAGAAAGAAGCGUAGAGGAUGGUUGGGAUGCCUAUAGCUUGCCCGAAACCAAUGGCGACAAUGACUUGGGACGAUUGUCAUACGAACUUCCUGUUCAAUCCCCAACCCUUCCAUUAUCCAAGCUCUCGCAUCACCCCAGGUCAAGCAUAUCAUUGCCCGUCUAUCCACCGCCGUCACUACCAACACAGCCCUCCUCAUCACAAAUUCAGGGACACCAGAACAUACGCCGAGAUCCAACAUCUCAUCCACCCCCGACUCCGCCACCACAGCCAACAUGUGCCCCGAACAUGCCACGUCAAGUACGACGGAACGCAGUUCCACCGCCAUGUCCUGUGGUACAACAAGCGGUACGUUCGUAUUCAGCAACAUUGCGUCGACCUUCCGAUUCACCGCCAGAUCUCCCUCUACCAUCACGGCCCGCCCAAACAUCCAUCAGCCAGCAUAUGUCACCCAGUGGCUGCCCGGGCUCGCCGACGUAUCUCAAUAGUAUCCCUGCGCACAAACAUGUCCCUCAGCCAGACUCCUCAAAGAUCGAUGAUGUAGUACCAGGAAUAGGCUGGGUUUAGAGAUAGGAGGAGACAUUUUUGCGGAGGGGUUUUUGCAUGCCUUCAAAGCCUACGUCGAGCAGAAUUGAUAUUAGGGUUGUGAGCUGAUGUAGUCUGUCCUCGUACUGUCAAAGCAACAGCGCCAGUCGCAGUGUCCAUGUUACCAUAGUCUACCUUACGGCACCCUAUUUUACAAGCCGAUUUGAUCCAACUUCUCCCGUGUCUCCAUUCAUCCACCCUCCUCGAGCU